AUGACUUUACAAUUCCAGUCUACACUGGGAUAUCUCAAAGAGCCACCCGCGGGCUACCAACGAGCACCAUUCGACGUCGACAAAGCUUUAGACGAGAUAAAGCAGAACGUGACUGCGGCUGUUUACAACAACCAAUAUGAGUUUGAAGCACAGAUUCAGCUCUUGAUAAACCAGCUUCGUGACACGCACGUCACUCUCAAUGCCGGAGCUUUGUCAGCAUUCUCUUUCGUCGCCUCAUUUGGUCUUGUAAGUGCGUCGAUUGACGGCAAGCAAGCCCCGGAAAUCUACCUUGAUCAGGACCUGUACGAGGCUUGGGCAAUCAACGAAUACAAAGCGUCGCCUGUGACCCAUAUCAACGGGGUUGACGUGAUCGAAUAUCUGGAACUCUUUGCCGAACAGAACUCCCAAGGCUUCUUAGAACCACAUGCCGACUGGAACGCGAUAAUGAACAGCCCUGCGCUCAAUAUCCAGGGUCUUCCGAGUACAUUCCAAUCGGCAACGCUUUACCCCGGGAAUGGAAUCUUUUCCGAUGCGCUCAACUUCACCCUCCAAAAUACCACUGUGGUCGAGACCAUUUGGUGGGCCGUUUGUGUCGACUGUAAGGAAACAGGACCUCUUACCACUGGUGGCGAUUUUUACAACUACUUUGUUCUCGGAUUCCUGCCAGAAAGCUAUCGUGAAGGCGAAGAGUGGUGGCCAACCCUCGAAGACAAGUUUCUCUCUUCAACGGACGACAGCGUCAGUACUUUCAACUUCACAGCGGAACUGGAAAAGUAUUGUAUGGCAGGAGCCCGAUCGAGCCAAAACUGGUGCAUGGACAGCUUUGCCGCAUACCCGAAUAAUCCCAUGACCGUCCAAGCCGAUCUUUCUGUCAUAGGAGGAGGUAUUGUAUCUAGCUAUAUGUUAGAUGGAGCGUCCACCGCCAUCCUGAGCAUACCUUCGUUCUAUCAAAAUGGUAUUGACACGUCCAACUUUCGCCAAGCGAUUCGCGACUUUAUCGGUAACGCAUCACAAAGCCAGGCUUCCCGUGUCAUUAUCGAUCUGCAACAAAACUCUGGAGGUCUUGUGUUUCUCGCCUACGAUACAUUCAAGCAGUUCUUUCCGAAUCUCGAGCCCAAUGGUGCAAGCCGCCAACGCAGCCAUGAAUUGAGCGAUUCUCUCGGUGAAGCCUACACCGAGUGGUGGGACCGGUCAGGCCGCGACCAGACGGAUUCCUACAAUUGGGCGUCGAGCGAGUGGAUCGUCACUAAUCGCAUCAACGCCGCUACUGGGAAAACUUUCUCGUCUUGGGACGAGUUUUACGGUCCAGAGAUUAGCAACGGCGACACGUUCUCGGGGAGUCAGCAAUACAAUUUGUCUGAUGAAAAUUUCGACUAUUCCGCCUUUGGUGACUUACCAUACGGAUACGAUCCAAGCGACCCGAUAACCAAUACAUCACCACCUUGGGCUCCUGAGCAGAUUGUCAUCCAGACUGACGGUCUCUGUGCCUCUGCAUGCGCUGUGUUUGUCGAGUUCAUGACCCACGAAGCCGGAGUCAAAACCAUCGUCGUUGGUGGUCAGCCUAAGCCCGGCCCGAUGCAAGCAGUCGGCGGCACUCGAGGCGCUGCCGCAUACUCUGCUGACGCCCUCGACUUCGAUUUUGACGAAGGACUAGAGGAUUCGCCUGUCGAAAAGCCCGAAGUCGUUUCGCAACUGCCCGACCGAACGGAUACAGGAAUGUGGAUCAACUACGCCGGUUUCACAAUCAGGAAUCAAGUUCGUGGCACCGAAUUCACACCCCUGCAAUUCCAAUACCAAGCUGCCGAUUGUCGUAUAUACUACACGCUGGAGACGAUCUACAACAUGACUCAACUUUGGGACUACACCGCCCGUGCAACAUGGGAUGACCAGACUCUUUGUGUUCAGGAUUCCACAGGGUACCCAACGGCCCGCAAUAAUACAUCGGCCAAAUCGCCCCCACCAGCCAGAUCAGCCGCACUGGCAGUCUACGACUUCUCGCCGCCGCCCAUCGCUAAUAACAUAACGUUUGCGAUUCUCGACGGCCAUGGCGAGAACAAAAGGAAAGCUGUAAAGGCUGCCAUUGUGAUUAUAUGA